CCCGCCGUAACGCGCUCAAGCGCGUUACGAAAAUGGCGUGUGUGUUGACAAUUGUUAGGUUAUACGCUGAGAAGAUUUUGUUGUCCUAAAAUAGGGUCGCGUGUUCAAUUUCAGCCGCUGAUAUUUGCUCCAAAGAGCGAGUAACGAUCCACCGUGUCUCGCGAGAUGCCUAAAUGUAGCGCACCGGGUUGCGCGAGUAACGAUAAGACGGAAGUAAACGGCAGAACUCUAACGCUCUUCCCAUUCCCCGCCUACGACGAUUUGCUGUCGAGGAAAUGGGAACAAAACUCAAAGGUCUACCAUACGAUGGAUCAGAAGCUGAACGAUCUGAAACUUUGUGAACUUCACUUCGAUUCUACGUGUUUUGUCAUUGGGAAACGAAACGUUUUAAUGCCGAAUGCUAUACCGACGAUUUUUGAUAACAACAAAAGAAGAUUGAACGGAAAGGAAAAAUCUGAUUCUAUUGAAAAUUCGUCCCCCAAGCAAAGACGUUUGCAGAGUCAGCAGAAUGUGACUCUUCGUUCAAAACUGAAUCCCCUUAGUCCACCUGCUUCGAAAGCAUUGGAAAACAAUAUGAAGGCGGAGGGCAAAUUCCUACAGCCGAGCUUAAUAGAGCAGGUGCAGAACAAUAUAAACAAAACAGGUUCGUCAUCUGUGUUCACAAAGCAAAUAGACAUGGGAAAGAAGGUCUACCGCCUGAUAAUAAGAAUCGACAAAGUCUGCGAAGACCAGACCGUGCAACAAGAGCCAGUGAAAGUAGUGAAGAAAGGAAGGCCAGCAUCCAAAGUCAAGCAGGUACCUGAAUUAGAAAUGCCUGAAGCGGAAGCAUCCUUGGAGCUGGCAAAAAUUGAAGAAAUAACGUCCAGAGGAUUGAAAGAGAUGGAAGAAACACCGUCCAGAGGAUUAGGAAUGAUCGAAGAAACGAUGUUGAGAGGAUUGGGAACGAUCAAAGAAACGAACACCAAAAAAUCAGAUACGGUCGAAGAACAGGAGUCCACAGGUUCAAAAAUAAUCGAAACAGUGGUGUCCAAAAGGCUGGAAAUGAAGGAAAGAAAAACAUCUAGAGGUUUGGGUACAGUCGAGGCAAAGGCAUCCAAGGGAUUAGAAGUGGUACUGGCAAAUCCGUCCAAGGGUUCGGAAAAAACGGUGGAAGCUAAGGUACCAAGAGGUUCGGGAACAGCAGAAGUAGAACCUCUGUCAAGAAAUUUGGGUAUAGCAGAAACAAAAGUAUCAUCAGGCUUGGGGACGAUAAAUGCAAAAGCAUCAAGAAGUUUGGGAACGGUCGAAGGAAUGGCGUUCACAAGUUUGGAACCACUAGAACGAAACAACAGCGAAGUUAAUCCUUGUUUAAAAACUGGUUGCAAAUUGAAGAAAACAAUACUGCACUCAAAGCCUGUAUUUCAAUGUGAACGGUGCAACAAGUACUAUGUUGUGAAGGAGAAUGCAAAGAGUGCAAAUGCGUGGGCUUGCUAUAUUUGCCAGGAAUCCAUGCCGAAUGCUGAGUUACUGGGAUAUCACAUAAAGAAACAUUUCAACUGCGACAUAUGCCAGCUGCAGUGCAUGACCCAAUUGUCCUUUGACAAACAUAGAAAGCAUCACGUAAGCACAGAUCCUCUGUUACCCUACAAGUGUCACAAGUGUUCGAGUACGUUCGAGGUGAAAGCGGACGUACGCCAGCACUGUGCCGACAAACACUCAAAGAAUCAAAAGCGAGAAGCUAUGACAGAAGAAAGAACUGAGAAGGAGGUUGAAGCCAAGCAGACCUCUUCCGGCCAGGUGUCGUUUCAGUGUGAGUAUUGUUACGUUUCGUUUAAAACGGAACAGGCCUACAAAAGUCACGUUCAUUUGCACAUGGGGAACAGCGGCUACGAAUGCGGUGUUUGCUGCAAGAAUUUUCAGACCACCAAACACCUGGCUGCUCAUCAAGCGAGGCACUCUGAGCCUGUCAAGGCGUCCAAGGGCCUCAGUAUUAUCCAGAAUCGUCAACCCAAGACUCGCACCAUUGCCGUCGCUAAGGAAAAUCCACAGAAACAACAAUCGCCACACCCCUGCACAAUAUGCAACAAGAUAUUAGAAUCCGAAUCCGCACUCGAUAUUCACAUACGAGGUCACUUGUCAAAUGCUCGCCGGUGUCCUCUGUGCCAUAAAGCUUUCAUCAAUAAAACCACACUCGGGAUACAUUUUAAAACUCAUAAGAAAGCUGUGCCGAGUCCGAUGGAAAAGAAAUUGGGCGAGAACAGAAUAUACAACUGCACUUUGUGCCCUGAAAGAUUUGACAAACGUUCUCAGUUGUACAAUCACAUUAUGACGCACCUUGAACAGAUUCACGGAGAAGGCGAAGAACCGGUUUUCGACAGUCUCGAUCAACUCCUCGAAAGCGAUGAAGACCUAGUGUAACAGCUCGUUUCUAAAUAUCUAAAUAUUAAGAAAAAAAAAAGAAAAUAUAUUAUUAUAUGCAUAGAUACAAUGGGAGUUUUAUACCUGGAAAUGUUUUUCGACAGAAAAUUCUUACAAAGGGUCAAAAAAUAGCACUGAAGUACGUUUGGUUUAUUUACAUUGUAGUGUCUAUAGUUGAAAUGUAUUAUUACACGCAUUGCCGAUGCAAGUUCAUUUGUAUGCAUAUAAUACAUGUACUAAAACUGACUGCUUUACAGUUUUUCAAACACUGUAUGGAAUAAAAGUAUAAAUAUUUUUCA